AUGGAGGGCAGCUACCCAGAUUCUUGGAACUUUGCAUCAAAAAUGGAAGAGAUACUGUCUCUUGUGAAACAAAUGCAAAAAGUGGGAAAUCUAGAGCCAAAAAUAGAAGAUCUAAUAAAAAGAAUUAAUAAAUUGCAACAAGCCAAGAAGGUAUUAAAUGAAGAGAUUUCUGAGGCAAAUAAACACAGUAAGACACUUCAGCUAGAACUGGAAAAGCUGAAUGCAGAGAAGUCAAGCCUUGAAGAAAUAUGGAAUGAGAAAAAGGAGAUCAAAAAAGUCAUGCAGAUGCAUUCAAAGGAGACACAAGAUGAAAUGCAGAGGGAGCAGAAAUUGAACUUGGAUUGCAAGAAACAAAUUGAAGAAAUCACAGCCAAGAUUCAGAUGGAAAAACUGAAGCAGAGGGAGCAGAGAUUCGCAUUUGAGCAGUUACUUGAUGAAUUGAUGGAGAAGCACAAGAAUCUCUGGGAACUUUAUGCCAAGGAAAAACCAAUAACUGACAUGAAAAAGAGUAAGGAGCAGUUACUACUUGAAGAAAAACUAAUCCAAGAGAAGCUUGCUCAUGUUCAAGAUGAACUGAAUUUGCUGAGCCAGGUUACAUUUAGUGGACAGAGGAAGUUUCUGAAAAGCCAGGCAGCUGCAUCUACUUUGGAGUUAUUUCAAGAGGAAAACAGAAAAGCAAAAGGUUAUCUUGAAGCAGCCUCAAAGUACAAUUUUGAUUUGCAAGAGAAGUGCCACAAGUUAAGAAUGGAGCUGGAGGUCUUUGGGAUGGAGGAAGACAGCAUUAAUGAAGAUUAGCUUGUAGUCCACCAUACUGCUGCACAGGAAGAAAUGUUUGUGUAGGAGCUUUGCUUUAGCACUGAGAGAAAUCAGCUCCAUGGAAUAUUGGAUGUCUUGCUUCACACUUAAAUUUGUGACAAACCAUUUGCUGUUAAUAAACCUCUGUUGUCAUGAAAA